UAUAUCAUUUAUACAUUGACACACUUAAAACUUAAUUCAUAUUCAACUAAAAUAUUUCAUGAUGAAUAUUAAAUUUGCUUUCCAUAUGUUUUGUACUACCGCGAUAAUUGUACAAAUAUCUGCAUUGAAAAGAUUUUAUACAAAGAAUAAUCCAGUCGAAGAAGAAAAAAUUAACACAAAUUUAGAUAACGUGAAAAAGGAAGUAAUAUUUGAAGAAACAAAACGGAACAAAUAUUUAGAUAAUGGUUUAUGUACAAAUAACUUUUUUAUUAAUGCUUUAACCGCAUUGAAUGAGUGUAUUGGUGAAAAUGAAACUGUAAAACGUCAUUCAUUAAAUGAAAAUGAAUAUAAAAAUUAUAUAAAUUCAAAUUUAGCCAUGAAAUUAGUAAAUGAAACUUGUGAUCUAUUGAAAAAGAGAUAUUAUGCUACAGAACCAAAAUCCAAAGAAAUAUUGUCAAAAGAAGUGUGUGAUAGUUUAAGCACAGAAGUGUUAGAAGAAAUGGAGGGAAAAUGUUAUGAUAUAAUGGAAGAUUGUUCCAAUAAAUUUAUUAUUCAAAUAAUGCAUUCUAGUAAUAAAUUUGAAAUUGUACACGGAAAUCUGUUGAAUCCUGACAGCAGAAACAUAAUUAUAUAUUGUCCUAUAACUGAAGGAGAUAUAUAAAUAAUAUAAAUUUUACCAGAAUCAUUGACAAGUAUAGAAACUGAUACAAUAUAGAAAUAAUUUAUAUAAUUAUACAAACAUUUUAAUAAUCAAAAAUAGUCAUUACUUUUAAGAAUAAAAAAUAAGUUUUUAAAACAUGAAUGUAAAAAUUUAGACCUGUCAUUAUAAAAUCAAUAAUAAAACCUUUUGGUUUACAACUCAUGAAACAAUAAAUAACCAUUCUGCACUUAAAAUUUAGUAUAUUUUAAUUACUAUCAGGAAAACUAUAACAAUCUUCUUCUUCCUUGCCUUAAUCCCAACUACUUGAGGACGGUUGGACAUAUUUUUAGUAUAUAUCUUUGUCUAUGUUACAAUUACCUAAUUUAUGUACUUGUAUUAUUUGUAAAAAGGGCUUCUACCCGUGAAAUUAUAAAAUAAAAUAAAUAAAUAAGUGCUAUAU